AUGUCGCCAAUCAAAGCCCCGCCAAACCUCCCCGAGCUCGUCCGGACGGCCUUCAACAAGGCGCGCGCAUCAGGCGACGUCAACUUUUAUCCGACCCAAGUGACCUUGGUGGACGUCAAUUCCAUUCCUUUCCAACUCCGCUUCUCCCCUUCGCUAGCCAACAAGCCCAAAGCGCCCAAGCCCAACCCCAUCAUCCCCAGCGGCGAAAAUGCCAGUCUCCCCGCCGAACCCCCCGAAAAGAAAAAGAAGAAAUUGGCCUUCUUCGACCCCUUUGAUAAUCCCUCCCCUGCCAUGCUCAUCUGUCCGCUACCUCCACACCAUAACCUGGUGCUGAACAAGUUUGCGAUUGUCCCUGAACACUUUAUCCUGUGUACGAGGGAGUAUAAAGAGCAGACGGACUUGUUGGAGAGAGAGGAUUUGGAAGCUGUGAGGGGGUGUAUUGAGGUUUAUCACCACCACUAUCAACAAAAGUACAAUGGGGAAAGAAGUGAUGGAAAUGAAACAACAGUAGGGGAAGAGCCAAAGUUGUUUGCGUUCUUCAAUUGUGGUGAGCAUAGUGGAGCAAGUCAGCCGCAUAGGCAUUUACAGCUUUUGGUUGUGGAAAAAAUGAGGGAGGGGUUGGAAUGUAGGUGGGAAGUGUUGGCGCAGAAACUGGUUGAGGACAACAACAACAACAACAACAACAAGGAAACGGAAAAGAAACUACUGCCGUUCAAGACCUUCGCAGAGCGGUUGACGCCAGAAAUGUCAAGGGAGGAAGUGCACCAGAUUUAUUUGGGAUUGUAUAGACGCGCUAGGGAGGCUGAGGAGGAAAAGGCCGACGAGAUACAAACAGGCGGCGAAGCAACCAUCUCGUACAACUUGGCCAUGACGCGGGACGUCAUGGUUAUUGUUCCCCGGCUGGCGGAAGGAUCAGCGAUAACGGAAAAGAAUCCGGAGACGGGAGAAGAGGUGGUGGUGGGCAAGUUGGCGCUCAAUGGGACUGUGUUGGCGGGCACGGCGCUGGUCAAGAGUCAGAGGGAGUGGGAUGCGUUGAGGAAGAAUCCGGAAAAGGUAGGGGAGUUGUUGAGGGUGAUUGGGGUGCCGAAUGACUGUGAAGGGGGGAGGAGCCCGGGGAGAAAGGGGGUGUUGUGA